AAGAAGAUAAAGAAGGUAGUGGAAACAAGCCUACUGAGCUUUUCCAGCCCUAAAUGGCAGCAGAAUCAAGAAAGCCGUUAGCCCCAUCCCCACCUGACCAAGCUCCUGAAGACGACCUUGUAAUUGUCAAGGUAGAGGAAGAUCAUGGCUGGGACCAGGAAUCUAGUCUGCAUGAAAAUAACCCUCCAGGCCAAGAGCUGUUCCGCCUGCGCUUUAGGAAGUUAUGCUACCAGGAGACGUUAGGACCCCGAGAAGCUCUGAUCCAACUCCGCGCACUUUGCCAUCAGUGGCUAAGGCCAGAUUUGAACACCAAGGAGCAGAUCUUGGAGUUGCUAGUGCUAGAGCAGUUCUUGACCAUCCUGCCUGAGGAGCUCCAGACUCUGGUGAAGGAACAUCAGCUAGAGAACGGAGAGGAGGUCGUGACCCUAUUGGAGGAUUUGGAAAGGCAGAUUGACAUAUUAGGACGGCCAGUCUCAGCCCGUGCACAUGGACAUGGACUCUGGGAGGAGGUGGUGCAUUCAGAGUCUGCACCAGGGCUUCCAAAUACUCCGCUCCGACCUGGGGCAACCCAGCACAAAUCUCCGGUGCCCCAGGGGCCAGAAGAGAGAGGUGAGGGGCCAGAUCUCACUCUCUCAGCCAUCUCUACUUCUCAGAGUCCUACCCCUUCCCAGAAAGGAAGUCCUGGAGACCAGGAGAUGACAGCAACACUUCUCACAGCAGGGUUCCAGACUUUAGAGAAGAUCGAAGACAUGGCUGUGUCCCUAAUUCGAGAGGAGUGGCUUCUUGACCCAUCACAGAAGGAUCCCAGCAGAGAUAAUAGGCCAGAGAAUUACAGAAACAUGUUCUCCCUGGGUGGUGAGACCAGGAAUGAGAACAGGGAAUUAUCUUCGAAACAGGUAAUAUCUCCUGGAAUCCAACCACAUGGAGAGACAGCUGCCAAAUGCAACGGGGAUGUUAUCGGGGGUCUUGAGCAUGGAGAAGCCCGAGAUCUUCUGGGCAGAUUAGAGAGGCAGCGGGGAAAUCCCACCCAGGAGAGACGACAUAAAUGUGAUGAAUGUGGGAAGAGCUUUGCUCAGAGCUCGGGCCUUGUUCGCCACUGGAGAAUCCACACUGGGGAGAAACCCUAUCAAUGUAAUGUAUGUGGUAAAGCCUUCAGUUACAGGUCAGCCCUUCUUUCCCAUCAGGAUAUCCACAACAAAGUAAAACGCUAUCACUGUAAGGAGUGUGGUAAAGCCUUCAGUCAAAACACAGGCCUGAUCCUGCAUCAGAGAAUCCAUACUGGGGAGAAGCCGUAUCAGUGCAAUCAGUGUGGGAAGGCUUUCAGUCAGAGUGCGGGCCUUAUUCUGCACCAGAGAAUCCACAGUGGGGAGAGACCCUAUGAAUGUAAUGAGUGUGGGAAAGCUUUCAGUCAUAGCUCUCACCUCAUUGGACAUCAGAGAAUCCACACUGGGGAGAAGCCCUAUGAGUGUGAUGAGUGUGGGAAAACCUUCAGGCGGAGCUCACAUCUUAUUGGCCAUCAGAGAAGCCACACUGGGGAGAAACCCUACAAAUGCAAUGAGUGUGGGAGGGCCUUCAGUCAGAAGUCAGGCCUUAUUGAACAUCAGAGAAUCCACACUGGAGAAAGACCCUAUAAAUGUAAAGAAUGUGGGAAAGCUUUCAAUGGGAACACUGGCCUCAUACAGCAUCUGAGAAUUCACACUGGGGAGAAGCCCUAUCAAUGUAAUGAGUGUGGGAAAGCCUUUAUUCAGAGGUCAAGUCUCAUUCGGCAUCAGAGAAUCCACAGUGGAGAAAAAUCUGAAUCCAUAGGAGUUUAG